UGGACUGCCCCAUUCUCUUAAAUGUCAGCACUCAGAACAGAGCUCCAGACCUUAUUUUGAAUCUGACUCCGAGUUCUGUAUCAUUUGGUUCACCCUUAUUACUCGUAGUUUGUUAUGGUACACAAAGACCUUUGUGAACAUAGCUCCAGUCCGUGUGAAGUUUGAACCAUUAUUAAUCUGAGGAUGACUAAAGACGCAUUAGCUGUCAUUAUCGUGGUCUUGUGGCUGCUCUGCAAUCCGGCGAGGAUCAGGGGAAACGGGGGAUUUCAAGGCGCCAUUCCUCACCCAAAUAAAUACAGCCCAAACCAGUCGGAACAGUCACCGCAGACACCGCAGUCCAGCUCCAGGGGAACGGGACUGCCUUCGGUCGCGGACGAGGUGCUGGACUCCAGCCAGGAGGCUUUACACGUGACGCAGCGCAGUUACCUCAAACUUGACUGGUGUAAAACACAGCCGCUGAAACUGAUGAUCUACGAGGACGGGUGCCAGCCGCUCGUCAUCAUCAACCGCUUUUGUUACGGACAGUGCAACUCAUUCUACAUCCCUCGACAUGUUUAUCAAGAGGACAGUGCGUUUCAGUCGUGCUCAGUGUGUAAGCCAAAGAGUUACACUACAGUUACUUACACGCUCCUCUGUCCCGGACAGACUCCCAGCACGAGGAAGAAGCGCGUGCGCCGCGUCAAACAGUGCCGCUGUACUUCUGUCGAUUUGGAUUAAAUUAGCUGACGUCAUUGUUUGUAGGCUUCUUUUGUCUUAAAGUCACAAAUUCAUAUGACUGAAUAAUGUGGGAGUAUCAUCGAUUUGUUUCCUCUAUCAUUAGUUGUUCAGUCAUCAAAAUGAGGCCUUUAUAUUGUGAAGAAAUACAACUGAUGCAAUUAAAUGUAUUAUAAAACAAGUUGGCUAAGUUAUAAGGCUAUAAAAUAGUGACAUUUUAAAAAAUAUGCUUAUAUUAUUUUCCACUGUGUGGAGCACGAUUUGCGCAUUGAUGCAAAUAGCUUAUUUUGUGGCUUGAUUUGUAAUGUGGGAUACAUUACAUAUUAGGCUAUUGAUGUAAAUAAGCACCCCCCCCAAAUCCAAUUCAUCAAUCUUUGUCCUGGUCUUUAUUACCAUACUACAAUGUAAAAAGAAUGUGGUGCCAAUUUACUGCCUUUUUAAUCAACAAACAAGAAAACAAGUUAAAUGCAUGGAAAAUUGUUUUUAUAUUAAUACAAACUUUUUACAGUGUUGAGUUUAUUAUAAAAUGAACAAUAUUACUGUGAUUAAAUGGCAAAAAGAUGUGAAGCAACAUAACUUUCAUAAUAUGUGAUGUUCAUCCAAAUAAAACUGAUAGGGUAGUUUAAUAUCAAUAUGUACAUUAUCUUUUUUUAUAUUCUGUAAUGAUUUAAUAUGAGCAUAAAAAGCUACUAAACUUUGUUACUCAAUAUGCAAAAUAAAGUUACUGCCUUUUUCAA